CCUCUCUCAUGGCUUUUUGGUUCUUAUUCUCUUUGCUUUUCUUUUCUUUCUACUCCAAGUCUUGUGCGGAGCUCAUAACUGCUCUUCCAGGGCAACCCGCCAAUGUUUCUUUCAAGCAGUAUUCUGGUAACAUUGUGACAGAUGCUAAAGAUGGCAGAGCUUUGUUUUAUUACUUUGUGGAAGCUCAAUCUCCAUACCCUCUUUCACUUCCCUUGACCUUGUGGCUCAAUGGAGGUCCUGGCUGUUCUUCUCUUGGUUUUGGUGCGUUCAUGGAACAUGGCCCUUUCCAACCAGGAGCAAAUGGAGAGCUCAUUCAGAAUAAGUAUUCAUGGAACCUGGCAUCGAACAUGUUAUAUGUUGAAUCACCAAUUGGGGUUGGAUUUUCAUACUCAAACACAAGCUCAAAUUACGAAAAUUGGAAUGAUACCAGGACCGCCGAGGAUAAUUUGAGAUUUAUUGUGAAAUGGUUGGAAGAAUUUCCACAGUACAAGAAUUCUGAAUUCUUUUUAACUGGAGAAAGCUAUGCAGGCCACUAUAUUCCACAGCUUGCAGCCUUGAUAAUGGAGUACAAUAAGCAGCCUAACAUAACCGCCAUUAAGCUCAAAGCCAUUGCUCUUGGGAAUCCACUUCUGGACGCGGACAUCAGUGUGUUGGCUGGAGAUUACUUGUGGGCACAUGGGGCAAUAUCAGACGAAACAUUAAUGUUGGAGAAGACUGUGUGCAAUGACUCGAGGUAUCUCCAUGAGUAUUUUCAUGAUAAAUGGUCUCAGGGAUGCAAUGAUGUGUUCAACAGAGUUGCAGAUGAAGUUGGUGCUGAUAUAGAUCGCAGUGAUUUGCUAUUGCCCUUGUGCACUUCUUCAAACUCAGUUCAGCAAUUCAAACCCAUGGGCAAGCAUGGGAAAGUACAUGCCGCGAUGGCUAGGAGGACGUCAGCUAAAGGUGAUCCAUGCCUUGGAGAUAGGAUAUUUGCUUAUCUCAACAAGCCUGAAGUUCAAGAAGCACUUCAUGCUAACAAAACUCACCUACCUUUCCACUGGGCAUUUUGUGGAGGGCCUCUUUUUUAUCAGGAAGAUAAUUUUUUAAUCAACACUAUACCACUCAUCUCAGGGCUUAUCAAGCAAGGCAUUCCCAUCAUGCUUUUCAGUGGAGACCAAGAUACAAAAAUCCCUCUAACUCAAACGAGGAUAAUUGCUAAUAAUCUGUCUAAGGAGUUGAAGCUGCUUCCUUACACAACUUAUGGUCCUUGGUAUGAUAAAAAACAGGUGGGAGGAUGGUCAGAGUCAUUUGGAGCAUUCAGAGAGGGCAAAAACAUGACAUAUUUGACAUUUGCAACAGUCAGAGGAGCAGCUCAUGAAGUCCCCUUCACAUCUCCUUCACAAGCCCUCACACUGUUCCGAUCAUUCCUCGCCGGAUCCCCUCUUCCUCGACCCCACAAUUGAUUCAUCUAUACGAAUUAACACAAACGUUGUAUCGAUCAUAUUUGAUAUACGGAUAUCCAUACCUGAGAAUAACUGUUCUUAGUCAGAAGAACCAUCAUU